AUGGCGGACCUCACAGCGAGGCAGCGACGUCUUGUGCACAUGACGUCCAACAUAUUCGAUGCUGAUGGCUCUGACAAGUCCGUGUACUCGGCAAGCAGGCAGAAGGAGCUUCAGAACCUCCAGCAGAGCUACGUCCAUGGCCCCAGAGUGCCGGAGGCCAUGAACUUGCCCAGGCCGCAAGAGAUGAAGUAUGCGCUGAUGUCGGGAAACAACGCUGUGCUGCCGGGCAGCAGUAUGGUGAAUGGCCCUGGCACGAAGCGCGACGCACAGUUCAUGCCCAAGGAGUUCUGGGCGACUUCCGUGGACCUCAAGUGGCAUGAUGUGCGGAACGAGCGCUGCCGCCACAAAAGCCAUGCCGCUGAGCGUGUCAAUUUAGAUGCCAAGGACAAGAAGCUCCGAGAAAUGUCUUCCGAGCUGUUUCAGAAGGAGCGUUUGGUCAAUCGAUCCAUGCACAAGUCAGAUCUUGUCGCCGCUGAGACGGACUACCUGACCAUCGACUCGUCGCUGCAUGAGCAACAUGAAAAUGGUAGUGCGGCGAUGCCCAGCAGAGCAUCUGCAAGCCAAAGGUGUCAAGCAAAUCUGGCAGCAUCAGGGUACAACACCAUGCCGCAGCCAGAAGCGCCAGAGGCAACGGGAGGAUACGUCUCGAAUGAUGUUCCAAGGAAAACUGGCAAGGAGAUGCGCAACUUCUCCGAUCUUUUUGGGACCGAGCUUGGUCGCCGUCAGGCACCAUCCCAGCCGCGCCAGGAUAUCAUCGGCACCUCGACGUGCACCUUCUUGGAUCAUCGUGGUGAGAUCGAGUCCUCGCGCAGGGAAGAGGGCAGGCUGGCUGGUGCUGAAACCCCCGCAAACAGAAAGGAGGCAGAGAUGUCAUCAACAUUGCACGGGCACAAGGCGCCCAGAGGGCAAAAGGCACCAGACCUCGAGCAGACUCAUGCCGUGGAGCGCGGUGUUUGGGAUAGCAAGCACGGCAUCACCAUCACAGCAGAGGUUUCGCGUAGAAGACGCGAAAAAGAGUUCAACAAGGACUUCGAGGGAGAGACCUUCCACUUGUCGCGCAAGCAGGACUGUUUGGACUCCGCAAAUGUGAGGGAGAACAUUGGCCAACCUGCUCCAAUAGAGGUACCCGUCUCCCCCAGAAGCGGGGCGGGGCUGAUGUCGCCGUACUCGCCCACAAGACAAGGAGGUCCGAGUGCUGCCCAAAGAGAAAAGAUGCUGCAGUAUGCCAAAGAUACGAAGCUCGCCUCGUUGCAGCUGGGCGCCUAA